UUCACAUGCACAGCUGAUUGUGAGUGGCCUAAGUAGGCCUGGCCUGAGCCGCCUGAGUAUCUCAGAAAGUCAGAACUACGUAGAACAGUGCAUUUGAAUAUAUUUAAGUGUAAUGUGUGUGUGGUGCAUGUAUAUAUAAUUAUGUUUAAUAAAUUAUAUAUAUACAUAUAUAUAUUAAAAAUGUCUAACCAAAAAUGAAGGAAUUAUAAGAAUUUUACAUAUAUAUGUAUCAUUCAAGAGGACAAUUAAUGCAUGGCAUUGCGUAUAGUUUUUGGUUUAUUGCAUAAGAUUUUUUUCGUGAUACCUGUCAUCCAUGAAGUGAGUAUAUCGUCGAUAGAUAAACUGCAUCUCGCAAAACUACAUUAAUCGUAUUAUUGAGUUACAAUAUGGACAAGGAGAAUAAAGAUCAAAAAGUUUUUCUCGGUAUUAUAAUUGAUAUAUGAUAUUCCAAAUGAAGAAAAACAAAAUAUCUCAUCUGAAUCAUUGGAAGUAGAAGAUUGUUCUGAAAUGGAGAGAUUACGCAGAUAUUUUGCUCAAAAAUUAAGACUUGUUGACUUGCCAGCAAAUGAUCAAAAUAACGCAUCACAGCAAUUGGUUCUUCGUAAACUGAAUUUAGAUGGAGUUGCUGAAUACAUUAAAGAGAACACAAAUUGCAAAAUCAUUACUAUGGCAGGCGCUGGAAUUUCUACCUCUGCUGGAAUACCAGAUUUUCGGUCUCCAUCUAGUGGACUUUAUCAUAAAUUAGACAAAUAUAAUUUACCCCAUCCACAGGCUAUUUUCGAAUUAGGUUUUUUUAUGAAGAAUCCAGAACCUUUCUUUACUCUUGCAAAAGAAUUAUUACCAGAAGGAUUCAAACCUACAAUAAGCCAUUAUUUUAUUCGUCUACUAUGGGAGAAAGAUCUGUUGUUACGACAUUAUACUCAGAACAUCGAUACACUGGAACGUAUAGCUGGAUUACCAUCUGAUAAACUAGUGGAAGCUCAUGGAACGUUUCAUACUGGUCAUUGUCUUAAGUGUCAAGCGUCAUAUACACUUCCAUGGAUGAAGGAAAAAAUAAUAGAAGGCGUAAUACCAAAAUGCGAAAAGUGCAAUGAAGGUAUUGUAAAACCUGACAUAGUCUUUUUUGGUGAAAUGCUACCUGAACGUUUCCAAGAACUUGCUGAUCAAGAUUUCGUACAAGCUGAUCUUUUAAUUAUUAUGGGAUCAAGUUUAGUAGUACAACCUUUCGCAUCGCUAAUAGACAGAGUGCGAACCACUUGUCCUCGUUUACUCAUCAACAAUGAAAAAGUAGGUAUGCAAGAUCGUCUAUCACGUUUCUUGGGAUUACGGCAAGGUUUGGUAUUUGAUGCCAAGAGUGCACAUGGAGGACGCGACGUAGCUUGGUUGGGUGAUUGUGAUACAGGUUGUCAACUGCUAGCAGACAAACUUGGCUGGGGGGAUGAAUUGCAAACCCUCAUGCAAAGAGAACACGAAAGGUUGCAAGCAGAAGAUAAAAGUGGCAACAAAUGUUAAUUGAAAAAUGAAAUUGGUAGUGCUUUUCUCUAAAAGGAAUAAAUAAAUCAUUGUUUUAUUAACUCUAGGUAUACACACUGGGAUCCCCGGGACUCCAGCGAAACUUUCUCGGUUUUCUGAAAUUGGAAGGGGAGAGAUAUUGACAUAAAAAGAGUUUGGG